ACUUCGAGCCGUAGCCAAUCGACGCUGAAGGCUGAAUCGCGAUGGCCCGUUGAGCGCGUGCGGGGGAGGCGGCUUCUUCCGGCCGGCUGCGGGCUGUCUGCGUAAGUUGAAGGACACAACCAGCGGAACUGGUGCGUUUUGCAAGAUUGAAAUCAUGGCAGGUCCAGAAACUGAUGCCCAAUUCCAGUUCACGGGUAUAAAAAAAUAUUUCAACUCUUAUACUCUCACAGGUAGAAUGAAUUGUGUACUGGCCACAUAUGGAGGCAUUGCUUUAAUGAUCUUAUACUUCAAGUUAAGGUCUAAAAAAACACCAGCUGUGAAAGCAACAUAAACGGAUUUUAACCUGUACCUCAUCUGUUAAGUUCCCAUGCCUGGAGAAGCUGAUGUCAACUCAUCAUGUGAUACUCAAUUUGUACAAUAAAUUAUGAACCUGGAAAA